AUGUCUUCUCCGAGACCGAUCAAGCAGCCUUGGGCAAAUAGAAAGCAGCUUCAAAGCCUCCAAAUGGGCGAGACCAUCAAGAUCGUCUGGCAGCAGACUGCUCAUGGCCAGCACAUCCCACUUUGCGAGACCUUCGCCGAACCAGUCCUCAAUCACUUUGCUCCCAACUUACUUCCAACAGCCUACAUUAAGCCAACCACAGAGACCACUGGAGUUCCUGCGAGACUCUACACCAUUGUCGGUGGCAACAUGCAAGCGCAUGCUUCCAUCAUUCAAUGGAUGAUCGAUUGCUGCAUGGGUAACGGUAUCAUCGACUGGCCGCGAUACGAGUUCCACGACACGCCUUUCACCAAGUACUACCUUCUUCGCGAAUCCACCCAGAUCCUAGGUUGCACGUUUCUCGAGACCGAGUUCCAGAACCGGAUGCAGAACUUGGCUAACAAGUCCUUACACACUUCUGACAUCGAAGCCGUCUACAGCCUUGUCGGUCGCGGGUCGGAGAUGGCUGACUAUCUGGUCGAGCAUGUUGCGAACGCCUUGCUCGAUCAUAAUACCCAUGACGUCCGUCGCCGUGCAUAUGAGUGGCUGCUGAAAUGCAACGAGGGUUUCGCUGUCGAUGUCGAGAACGUCAACGGUCCGAGACUUGCUAUGCGCGCCAAGAUCGCCACCGAUCGUUGGAAAGAUGGCUCCCGCGACCUGGUCAACGCACCCUAUCAGCAACAAUCUCACCACACCAACUACCACUCGCAGAACUUCUAUCGAAACGGAUCGGGCUUUGCAAACCAGAAUCGAAGCUUCUCGGCGCCGCAUGGUAUUGUUGAUGGCACAAACAACCAACCCAUCUUCGAUCACUUCGGUCACGGCGUCGACAUGGCCCAAGUCGGAGGAUUCGAUACCCUGAAUAACCAAUACAACUCUGCUAACCAAUACGGCUAUACGACUCCCCACCAGCAGAUGAACUUCUCCGUUGGUACCCACCAACUUCCUCCUAAGAAGAAAAAGAAGACCAAGUCCGACAAGAAGCGUGAGCAGAAGCAAAAGGAGGAUCGGCUGGCAAAGGGCGCUUCCACUGGUUCGCAGUCUUCCGAGACCAUGAUCAACACAUCACCCUCGUCACGCAAGCGCUCCAUUAAGUAUGGUAAACUCCGUACGAAGAAGACAUCGCAGUCCAAGAGUAAUCUCGAGGCCGAUAUGCAAGGUCUAGCCAUCGAGCACUGCAAUGGUGAUCGACUCCAGAACGACAAGUCGAAUGCUCGGCCAGCCGCUGAAGCCUUUGUCCCCGCUCCUGCCAACACCGCAGCCUCGAAGAACGACAUCGACAACGUCAAGAACGCGGCCAAGCCUUCGAAGCUUGUCGAUCCGGCAGUCCCUAAUAUCACAGCCCCUAGCGCUGGUGACAAGAAGAUGGAGAAGGUCACGGAAGAGAAGGUUGCGCCCAAAGACGUCAAUAUCCCAAGUAAGAAGAUCGUUCUAGGUGUUGAUGCCAACGAACAAGAGCAGCGAAUCGUCAGUAGUAUCAAGAACAAGGCUGCCAAGAAGCGCGAGAACAAGCGGCUGGCCAGUCUGACUGCUGGUAGUGCUGCUGAUACGAACGGCGGCGAUCGAGUUGCUGAGUCCGCUGGUGGCCCUCAGGGAGGUGGUGGCGAAGCUGACAAAGUCGGCGAAGGAGAACAAGACACUGGUGAAGGCAAUGGCGUGGCUGUCUCGAGCAACUAG